AUGGGCCUGUACACUGACCUGCCCGAUGCCAUCACCGAGGUAGACGUCAUCAUUGCCGGAGGUGGAACGGCCGGCUGUGUUGUCGCUGCCCGGCUUGCUGAAGCCGACCCCAGCCUCUCGAUCCUGAUCAUCGAGGGCGGGCCCAACAACGACAUACCCAGCAUCGGUGUGCCUGUUCUGUUCCUUUCGCAUCUGAUGCCAACUGGGAAAACCAACAUUUUCUACGCGGCAAACAAGGAAAAGCAGCUGGGCGACCGAGAAAUCUUCGUCCCCUCUGGAGGCGUUCUCGGCGGCGGCUCAUCUACCAACCUGAUGAUGUACAGUCGAGCACAGCGAUCGGACUUUGAUGCGUGGAAUACUCCUGGAUGGUCAGCGGAAGACAUGCUACCGUAUCUAAGACAGCUGGAGACAUACCAUGGCCCCGGCGCAAAAGACCGACAUGGCUACGAUGGUCCAAUUCAGGUGUCACGCGGAACUUAUCGAGCUACUCGAUCCGAGGACGACUUCAUCUCAGCAGCAGGGAAAGUCGGCUUCCCCGAGAUUGAGGAUCUGCAGAGCCUAGAUGCCAACAACGGCGUCCAGCGCGCAAUGCGCUAUAUCUCGCCGGACGGAAAGCGACAAGAUGCCGCGUCCAAAUACCUUCAGCCGAAGCUGCAGGAUGGCCAUCAUAAAAACCUGCAUGUGUUAGUAGAGGCUCAGGUUGUACGCAUCCUCUUCGACAAAGAGAACAGACGAGCCGUGGGAGCCGAGUACAGGCCCAAUCCAGACUCCCAAUGGGGUGUCCCGAACUUGCAUCCUAUUCGUACAGUCAAGGCUAGGAAACUAGUCAUUGUUUCUUGUGGUGCAUGCGGCACUCCCUCUGUGCUAGAAAGGUCCGGCAUAGGCAGACCUAGUGUCCUCACACAGGCCAAGAUCCCUAUCGUGGCUGAUGUCCCCGGCGUUGGCGACGAAUACGAGGACCAUCAGCUUCUUCUAUACCCUUAUAAGUCGAGCUUGGAUCCAGAAGAGACGCUCGAUGCAAUCACCAGCGGCCGUCGGAAUCCCGAAGAAAUCAUCAAAAACAAUGAUGAUAUCCUGGGGUGGAACGCCCAGGACAUCACCUGCAAACUGCGUCCUUCUGACACAGAAGUAGCUGCCCUUGGGCCUGAGUUUCAGAGAUCUUGGGAUGCUGACUUUCGGGACAAUCCAAACAAGCCAUUGGCUCUGAUGUCGCUUCUAAGCUGCUUCCCCGGUGAGCCAACCGGAAUUCCGGCCGGGCAGUAUUUUGCCAUGACCAUCUUCAGCGUCUAUCCCUACUCUCGCGGCCACCUACAUGUCACCGGUCCAGAUAUUGGUGAUCGCCUUGACUUUGAAACUGGCUUCUUCACCGAUACAAACGGGAUCGACCUUAAGAAGCACAUAUGGGCAUACAAGAAACAGCGAGAGAUUGCACGGCGCAUGCAGACAUACCGCGGCGAGCAUGCCCCCGGCCACCCUCCCUUUCCGGCAUCGUCCAAAGCCGCGUGCACCUCAACACAAGGCCCGCUUGUAGACGUGCAGGAUAUCGAGUAUACAUCUGAAGACGAUACUAUUCUCGAAAAGUGGCUGCGCGAGAAUGUCGCCACCACAUGGCACUCCGUGGGGACGUGCAAGAUGGGGCCGCGGGAGGAAAAAGGGGUUGUUGAUAGCAAGCUCAGGGUUUAUGGUGUCGAAGCGCUACGUAUCGCAGACUUGAGUAUUUUGCCGCACAAUGUUGCGGCAAACACGAAUAACACGGCGUUUGCAGUGGGCGAGAGGGCUGCUGAUCUUUUUAUUGAGGAGUUGGGAAUCAGUAAGUAG